AUGAGCUGGAAACUGUCCAAAGGUUGGUGCACCUCACUCCGCAACCAUUACAUUCGCAGCUUACAGUUAAUCACAGCACUAAAAGCGAGCCAUAACCCUACCGCAGGUCAACUGGCAACGCCUAGAACUCUGUUGCCAGUCUCUACUUCCAGCACCAACGGCAUUUUGGUCGUGACACUAUAUGAAGGCGUUGGUCUUACCGCGGCAAACCCCCACCAGGAACUCCUCAAGAGCUAUGCGUGUUCCUCCGCCCACCCUAUAUACGCACUACUGGAUUACGAGAAGUCGCAAGUGUCUGUCGCUACCGUUGCAGGCACUACGGAGUGGCCCCAGUGGGUAUUCGGCCAAUCCCAUCAUGGAAUCGAACGAAAGUUCGAUGUAUCGCGGGCCGCCGAGCUGACCAUAUCUCUCUACCUGAGGGAUCCGGCCGUAGAUGGCCGAGGCCGGGAUGUGUUCCUUGGGGAGUCGAGACUGAGCCCCUUUGACGGCACGACCAUGUCAGGAUCACAAUGGCUGCCAGUGCAGAGCGGCACCGGCCAGAUCCGCAUCGGCUUGGAAUACGAACACGUCACGAACAAUACUUUCGGGCAAGAUACAGUAUCCAACUUCUCAUUGCUAGGCAGUUUGGGAGAUGGCGUCCCAUUGUGCCAGAAGAAGGAUACUAAUAGGGAAUAUGCCAUGAAGACUGUCAAGGUGGUAGGCCCCGUUUUCCUGCCUGAGGCUUUCCAGAUUGACCAUCCCUUUAUUGCGCCGCUCGUAGGUGCGGUCCAAGUUCCCGAUAAGAAAGACUGCUUACGCCUCUUCACCCCAUUCGUAACCGGAGGGCUCUUACUUAAUCACCUUCAAACUGUACGGCGCUUCGACAUCGAUGGGGCUAGACUCUACGCUGCCGAGAUGGUUUGCGCGUUAGAAUAUCUGCACUUGCACGACGUUCCUAAUGCGGCUGCCUGGCUUAAGCCUGAGAACGUCCGUUUGGACGCUAGGGGACAUAUCGGUCUCUGUGGUUUCGGUCUCUUCAGGUCCCGUGUUGGGAGCGACGACUACACAGCCCGUACGAUGCCCGAGUAUCCUGCUCCAGAACUUCUCCGCAGCCAAGGAAAUGGAUCCCGGGCAGCAGACUGGUGGACUUUAGGUGUGCUUCUCUUUGAAAUGUUGACGGGGCUACCUCCUUUCUACAACGACGACCCAGAGAAGAUACGCCGCAGCAUACUGGAUCAUCGUUCUAUCGAGCUACCGGACUCGCUGCCACCAUCUGCCCAAGACGUCAUCACUAAGCUCCUCGACCCAAGGUCGGAAAAUCGAUUGGGGGCUGCUGGGGUCUCGGAGGUUCAAGCCCAUCCCUUCUUCCAGAGUGUCGACUGGCGGAAGCUCCAUCAGCUGGGUUACGAGCCGGCUUUCAAGCCCCGCUAUACGGCGGAUAGUUUCGAUCAUUACGGGGUUAGCUACCCGACCAAACAAAGGCAAUCAGUAUUGGAGCGGUUCGAAGCCGCCGGAUGCUCAUACCAUAGGCCGAUUCCAGCCGUACCGGAAAGUGAAAUUCCGUCCAGGACCAGUAAUCAGCAGCAGCUUUCUACGACCGCUCAAUCCGCCACAGAAGACAAGAAUAGCUGGGUGCUUGUGUGGGAUGAGACGCAUCGGGAGUUCCAUUUCUACAACCCAGUAACUAGCGCAAAGCAUCCGAUCCCAUCAGAACAAGCAAAGCCGGAUAUAGUCGGUCAACGUAACGAUCCCUCCUCUGCCUCUGCUCGGCCCCAUAUCCCCUCCCCGCGCCAAAAGAAAGACGCGCUCAGGGCGGCACUGCUGGCCGGACACGACCAUGCCGUCUCGCAGCUACUCCGGGACUACGGUGUGGACCCCAACAACACGCCGCUCUUCCGCACGCCUACGAGCACGAGCACGACGGCAUUGCAGUGGGCCGCCGCAACAGAUAACCUAGGUCUCGUCAAGCGAUUCCUCCACGCCCCCGGCGCGCAGCACCCGCCGCCGGGGCGCGUGGCGGGCACCCGGGCCCUGGGCCAGGCGGUGGACCGGCAGAACCUCGCGAUCGCCCGCGCGCUCCUGGACGCCGGGGUCCGCUGCGACUUCGAAGCCGGCGACCGGCCGCCGCGGCGUGCUCCCGGGGCGCACGGGUUCGACCCGCACGACGAGUCCGAGCCGGCCGAGUAUAUCCCGCCGGUGGUGCGGGCCGUGCGGCACGGGCACCUCGGGCUCUUGGAGCUGCUGCUCGGGCGCGACGCGGAUCCCAAUGCCGGGUACCACGAUCUGCCGCGCGCGGGAGACGAGGGGUGGGAUGCCGCGGCGGGAGAGGAGAAGGGUGGUGUGCACUUCGCUUGCGGACGGCCCGUGCAGCUGGCGAUGGAGAGGGGCCGGCGGGACAUGGUCGAGGUGCUGCUGGACUAUGGGGCCGAGAUCGAGCGCCCGCAGCCCGUCUGGGGGGUGCCGGGGCACGAGCGCGAAUACGUGUUUCGGCCAGUUUACCUAAGGGUGGUGGCUGGGUUGCGAGCGGUGGUAGCGGCGAGAGCGGCUGUGAAUGCUGACAGUAGUUGA